ACCGAGCGCUGGCGCAAGAUUUGCUCAAGCCCCUCCUCUUGGCCAAACUUUCCGGAGGGGAAGGCUUUCCGAGGAAACGAAAGCGAAAUUGAACCGGAGCCAUCUUGGGCCCAGCGCGCAGACCUGCGGAGUUUCCCGUGCAGACGCCCCGGGGCCACUUCCAGUGCGGAGCAGCGGGGGCGUGGGGGCCUCGAGGGGCUGGCGCGGCGCAGCGGUCGGGCCAGGGUCGUGCCGCCGGCGGGUCGGGUCGGGCAAUGCCUCUCGGGCGCCAUGAACCCGCGGCAGGGGUAUUCCCUCAACGGAUACUACCCCCAUCCAUUUCAAGGCUAUGAGCACAGAAAGUUCGGAUACCAGCAGCCUGGGCCAGGAUCUUCCCCCAAUAGUUUCCUGCUUAAGCAAAUAGAGUUUCUCAAGGGGCAGCUCCCAGAAGCGCCGGUGAUUGUAAAGCAGACACCGUCACUGCCACCUUCCCUCCCAGGACUCCAGCCAAGGUUUCCAGUACUACUUGCCUCUAGUACCAGAGGCAGGCAAGUGGACAUCAGGGGUGUCCCCAGGAGUGUGCAUCUUGGAAGUCAGGGGCUCCAGAGAGGGUUCCAGCCUCCUUCACCACGUGGCAGGAGUCUGCCACAGAGAGGUGUUGAUUGCCUUUCCUCAUAUUUCCAGGAACUGAGUAUCAACCAAGAUCAGGAACAAAGGAUCUUAAAGUUCCUGGAAGAGCUUGGGGAAGGGAAGGCCACCACAGCACAUGAUCUGUCUGGGAAACUUGGGGCUCCGAAGAAAGAAAUCAAUCGAGUUUUAUACUCCCUGGCAAAGAAGGGCAAGCUACAGAAAGAGGCAGGAACACCCCCUUUGUGGAAAAUCACGGUCACCACUCAGGCUUGGAACCAGCACAGCGGAGUGGUAAGACCAGACGGUCAUAGCCAAGGAUCCCCAAACUCAGACCCAGGUUUGGAACCUGAAGACAGCAACUCCACAUCUGCCUUGGAAGAUCCUCUUGAGUUUUUUGACAUGGCUGAGAUCAAGGAGAAAAUCUGCGACUAUCUCUUCAAUGUGUCUGACUCGUCUGCCCUGAAUUUGGCUAAAAAUAUUGGCCUCACCAAGGCCCGAGAUAUAAAUGCCGUGCUAAUUGACAUGGAAAGGCAGGGGGAUGUCUAUAGACAAGGGACAACCCCUCCCAUAUGGCAUUUGACAGACAAGAAGCGAGAGAGGAUGCAAAUCAAGAGAAAUACGAACAGUGUUCCUGAAACCACUCCAGCUGCAAUCCCUGAGACCAAAAGAAACACAGAGUUCCUCACCUGUAAUAUACCCACAUCAAAUGCCUCAAAUAACAUGGUAACCACAGAAAAAGUGGAGAAUGGGCAGGAACCUGUCAUAAAGUUAGAAAACAGGCAAGAGGCCAGACCAGAACCAGUAAGACUGAAACCACCUGUUCAUAACAAUGGCCCCUCAAAAGCAGGGUAUGUUGACUUUGAAAAUGGCCAGUGGGCCACAGAUGACAUCCCAGAUGACUUGAAUAGUAUCCGUGCAGCACCAGGUGAGUUUCGAGCCAUCAUGGAGAUGCCCUCCUUCUACAGUCAUGGCUUGCCACGGUGUUCACCCUACAAGAAACUGACAGAGUGCCAGCUGAAGAACCCCAUCAGCGGGCUGUUAGAAUAUGCCCAGUUCGCUAGUCAAACCUGUGAGUUCAACAUGAUAGAGCAGAGUGGACCACCCCAUGAACCUCGAUUUAAAUUCCAGGUUGUCAUCAAUGGCCGAGAGUUUCCCCCAGCUGAAGCUGGAAGCAAGAAAGUGGCCAAGCAGGAUGCAGCUAUGAAAGCCAUGACAAUUCUGCUAGAGGAAGCCAAAGCCAAGGACAGUGGAAAAUCAGAAGAAUCAUCCCACUAUUCCACAGAGAAAGAAUCAGAGAAGACCGCAGAGUCCCAGAUCCCCACCCCUUCAGCCACAUCCUUCUUUUCUGGGAAGAGCCCUGUCACCACAUUGCUCGAGUGUAUGCACAAAUUGGGGAACUCCUGCGAAUUCCGUCUCUUGUCCAAAGAAGGCCCUGCCCAUGAGCCCAAGUUCCAAUACUGUGUUGCAGUGGGAGCCCAAACUUUCCCCAGUGUGAGUGCCCCCAGCAAGAAAGUGGCAAAGCAGAUGGCCGCAGAGGAAGCCAUGAAGGCCCUGCAUGGGGAGGCGACCAACUCCAUGGCUUCUGAUAACCAGCCCGAAGGUAUGAUCUCAGAGUCACUUGAUAACUUGGAAUCCAUGAUGCCCAACAAGGUCAGGAAGAUUGGCGAGCUUGUGAGAUACCUGAACACCAACCCUGUGGGUGGCCUUUUGGAGUAUGCCCGCUCCCAUGGCUUUGCUGCUGAAUUCAAGUUGGUCGACCAGUCCGGACCUCCUCACGAGCCCAAGUUCGUUUACCAAGCAAAAGUUGGGGGUCGCUGGUUCCCAGCCGUCUGCGCACACAGCAAGAAGCAAGGCAAGCAGGAAGCAGCAGAUGCGGCUCUCCGUGUCUUGAUUGGGGAGAACGAGAAGGCAGAACGCAUGGGUUUCACAGAGGUAACCCCAGUGACAGGGGCCAGUCUCAGAAGAACUAUGCUCCUCCUCUCAAGGUCCCCAGAAGCACAGCCAAAGACACUCCCUCUCACUGGCAGCACCUUCCAUGACCAGAUAGCCAUGCUGAGCCACCGGUGCUUCAACACUCUGACUAACAGCUUCCAGCCCUCCUUGCUCGGCCGCAAGAUUCUGGCCGCCAUCAUUAUGAAAAAAGACUCUGAGGACAUGGGUGUCGUCGUCAGCUUGGGAACAGGGAAUCGCUGUGUGAAAGGAGAUUCUCUCAGCCUAAAGGGAGAAACUGUCAAUGACUGCCAUGCAGAAAUAAUCUCCCGGAGAGGCUUCAUCAGGUUUCUCUACAGUGAAUUAAUGAAAUACAACCCCCAGACUGCGAAGGAUAGUAUAUUUGAACCUGCUAAGGGAGGAGAAAAGCUCCAAAUAAAAAAGACUGUGUCGUUCCAUCUCUAUAUCAGCACCGCUCCAUGUGGAGAUGGCGCCCUCUUUGACAAGUCCUGCAGCGACCGUGCUAUGGAAAGCACAGACUCCCGCCACUACCCUGUCUUCGAGAAUCCCAAACAAGGAAAGCUCCGCACCAAGGUGGAGAAUGGAGAAGGCACAAUCCCUGUGGAAUCCAGUGACAUUGUGCCUACGUGGGAUGGCAUUCGGCUCGGGGAGAGACUCCGUACCAUGUCCUGUAGUGACAAAAUCCUACGCUGGAAUGUGCUGGGCCUGCAAGGGGCACUGUUGACCCACUUCCUGCAGCCCAUUUAUCUGAAAUCUGUCACAUUGGGUUACCUUUUCAGCCAAGGGCAUCUGACCCGUGCUAUUUGCUGUCGUGUGACAAGAGAUGGGAGUGCAUUUGAGGAUGGACUACGACAUCCCUUUACUGUCAACCACCCCAAGGUUGGCAGAGUCAGCGUAUAUGAUUCCAAAAGGCAAUCCGGGAAGACCAAGGAGACAAGCGUCAACUGGUGUCUGGCUGAUGGGUAUGACCUGGAGAUCCUGGACGGUACCAGAGGCACUGUGGAUGGGCCACGGAAUGAAUUGUCCCGGGUCUCCAAAAAGAACAUUUUUCUUCUAUUUAAGAAGCUCUGCUCCUUCCGUUACCGCAGGGAUCUACUGAGACUGUCCUAUGGUGAGGCCAAGAAAGCUGCCCGUGACUACGAGACGGCCAAGAACUACUUCAAAAAAGGCCUGAAGGAUAUGGGCUAUGGGAACUGGAUUAGCAAACCCCAGGAGGAAAAGAACUUUUAUCUCUGCCCAGUAUAGUAUGCUCUAGUGACAGAUGGAUUAGGGUGUGUCAUACUAGGAUGAGAGAGAGGUAGGUCGUAGCAUUCCUCAUCACAUGGUCAGGGGAUUUUUUUUUCUUUUUAAGCCAUAAUUGGUGAUACUGAAAA